CGGGCCCUGGCUUUGUGUCCAGUGGUGCCAAACGGUAGCCAGGACCGUCCCUGCUCAGGAGUCCUAGGACCUAGGCUCGGGCCGGGGCUGAGGCUCCGCCGAAUUGCGGGAGCUGUGUUUUAUUUUAUAUACUCUUUGGUCUACUUGUGAAGGGGAUAAGCGAGAUAGAAAUGAGUCCCUGUGUAACUUGCUGGGACAGCAAUAGCAGUGCAAGAAUUAUUGGCACACAUUUGUAAAUUAGUGGAUCGCGUGUGAGGGAAGAUAAGGAAGGCAGUAUGUUUGUGAUCUGUUUUGGUUACAUGUUCAUUUGUAAGUGGUUAGAAGUGAACUAAAGACCUACAAGACUACGUCAGGGGAUUUAAACAAAGGAAUAAAGACUACUGACUUUGGCAGACUGAACGUUAACCUUAAAAUAUUCUGUACGACAUAAACGUCCGAAAUUAAGAACAGUAAAAUGGGGAGUACAGAUAAAGCCGUCAUUACAGGAUUCAUCUGUCGGCUAUGUUCGAAAAUGAACAGGUUUGUAAUUCAUAUUUUUGGUGAAGAGGGCGCAAGAAUGAAAUUGGCUGAGAAGAUAAAUGCUUAUUUACCCAUUACGAUAAGUGCUAAUGAUCCUCUUCCAAAAACUGUGUGUUUAACUUGCAUAGAACGCCUUGAAGCCCACCAUGAGUUAAUGGAGCAGUUUACGUGGGCAAGGCAACGCAUAGCAGAAGCAAAGGCUGCUGAAGAAUUGAAGAAAACAAAUGCUUCUCAAGGGAAUAGUUGUGACAACAGUAUGCCUGGAUGCAGUUCACAGCAAAGAAGUGUUCAGCAUGAUUAGUGUAUGUAAUGGAAUAUAUAAAGGCCUCGUUUUGUGCCUACAUAUGUAAAUACAAACAUUUAAAGUGCUGUGUUAUUUAUUGCUGUUCUAAGAUUUGUACAUAUUAAAGAUGUGAAGUAGAGAAGAUCCAAUUCGUGAGUGAAUAAAAGUGGUUGAAAAUUGUGUAUGCAGACAAACCCACCUUUAAAACAAAAAUUAAAAUUAUAAUAAAUGCUGGCAAAAGGUGACUUAAAGCAUACUUCCAAGUUAUUUCAAAAAGGGAAUAAUUGUAACUUGCCUUAUUUCCAAGAAACUUUCAGUGGCUUGAAGACUUACUUUUGUUAAUUUGAGGUGGUUUGGGCAAUUUUCCAUUAUUAUUCCAUUCUGAACUGGCAUUGUGUUGAUAGGUAUCAAACAUCUGCCAACUUUUUUCAAGUACUGUCAAAAUCAUUGUUUUAUUAGAGGGUAGAUAGCUGUAGAAAGUUUUGGUUUCAGCCUUAAAAUAAUUAUCCAACCAUAUUUCUCGCCUAUGAAAAGAAUAUGGGUAGUGGAAGCUUAAGUGGUCCAGGAGUAAUGCCAAUAUAACGUCUGGUUGUAUCAAAUGAGAAAGGAUUGUCAGUGACUGAUAGUUGUGUAAAUUUUUUGUUCAAUUUUAAUAAAAGUAUUUCAUUAAGAACAAGUUUUUUGGAGGGAAGGUAGGCUUUUCCUCCCUUCCACUCCUGCUACUCAGAAAUAUUGAGGAAACAAAUCUUGCAUUGAUUCUUUUUAUGUAUAAUACUUUUGUGAAUAAAAUAAUUCCAACAAUUUCUAUAAUGUUUUACGAGUUUAUAUUUGAUAUUGUGAAUGCAAACCUAUUUGCUGGGUCAUAACUGAAGGAUGGGCUGACAUGUUUUCACCACAUAUACCUGCAAUGAUUUUAUGCUUUGUGUGUUAAUUCAUUAUCCUUCUUUGGGAGUAAUUAAAUUAACUGAUUUAUCAUUUUGUCUCUUUGUGAAACAUUUUAGAAAUUUAGAGGAGUUAAUCAUAUUGCAUUGUUAAGUUUUUGUCAUUUGUAAUUUGAUACAAUGAAGAUAUUUGAAACUCAAAAUUUUUUAGGUUAAACUUUUAAACUGAAAGUUUGUUAGGUUGGCUACUUUUGUAGAAAGUUGAAGUUUUAUUGCUUGUCCAGGAAUUUUUUUGCUACCUCUAUAUUUUUAAAAUAGUUGAAAUAUUUGGCAUUUUUUAAGGUGCAUAUGCAGACUAUUUCAUUACUUUUCUAUCUGCUUUCACUGGGACUGUAAAACAUGUUAAAACUCCACAUACUGCUAUAAAUUCACUUCUGCUGAACGAAAUUAAUUACUUGAGGGUGUAUACAAAUUUUAUUUGGAACCUCCAUUUGAGAAUUUAAUUGUUUAUUGCUUGAUGCUGUUAAUUUUACUCAACGUUGUUUAGAUGUAGUUUUCAGCGUUUCUUAUAAUUAUAGAUCUUUUGUGUUAAAAUGUGAGAGGUAAAUGUAGGAAUAACUUUGCUAUUGUAUCUUUCACAGGCUCAAAUCCUGUGCAGAUGUAAUUACAAUAACCGUUUGUUUUUAUGGAAACAUGAUUAAAUGUCAAUGACAUUUCUAAUUCAAAAGGGCAAUGUAACUUGUGGAAUUACACCGAUUGCCAGAUAGUUUAAUAUUGUGUGUAGAAAUAUAUAACAAGAAACAAAAAGAUUCUAUAAAAAUAAAAUCUGUAAUUAUUUAAUGAUUGAAUAUGGUUUAAUAAUACUUGUGACAUUAUGUUGAUGUACAUCGAGUGCAUAAGAAAAUAUAAACUAAAUGUCACGCAUUUUAUAGCAAGUUGACUGUAACAUUGAAUGAUUCUGAAGGACAGAACAAUGAACAUAAUUGGUUCUUUAAAAACUGGACAAAUGCAGAUUAUUUCGAUCAUCCUAUAAUCUGAACAUUAAAAGAUGCAAGUCUGUUAUUUUCCAAAAAAACUUGCUACCAUAACAUGACUGUCUUUAUAUCAUUAAUCACAUUCAUUGGAUGAUCCUCCCUCCAGAAGACGAUGAUACAUAUUAAAAAAUAAUAGCUUUUACUUAUUUUCUGUACUAAUGAGUGCCGUUCAAUAUAUCAGUUGUUAAUAAUAUAAAUAUUAACCAAGUCGAAAAACUAAAAUACAUUUUGUACCCAAUGUGAACCCUCCCCGCCCAAGAAAAAUCCUGUGUGUCUCUUGUGAGGCUAAUGAAUUUUUUUCACAGCUGCACUACAAAUUUUACUUAUCUCUCAUCUAAUCUCUUAAUUACACACAAAAUAUUUGUGACUUCAUAAAUGUAAUCAACAGGAAUGAUUGAUGAAGUUUGAUAUUCAUAGAUUCUUUUGUUUCAAAUAGACUUUAUAUUCUAUAUUAAGUCUUAAGUGUUUCUAGGAAUUUAAGUAUACAUGAAACCUUAAAGAAGUUUAAGUGUUUGAUGGUUGAAAAUCUGUGAUAGGUAAAAUCUUAAAGAAGCCAAUUUCCCUUUUCAAAGUUUGAUUUCUAGAUGUUGCAUAUGAACCCUAAUUGAUGGAAAGGAUGAGAAGCAAUAACUUGAUUGCGAUUCAAAAUAAAUUGAUUACAGACAGGAAUUUAUGUUGAAACCAGUUCCUUGUAGAAAAAGUGUGUAAAGGUGAAUAUUCAGAUGAAUUUCACUAGAUAUUCAAUAAUUAACAUUCUGUUUAGAAUUUCAAGUCCUGUGAGAAACUCCUAUUUAAAAUAAUCUUUCAUGUCGAUGAUUUUCAGGUAUUAUUCAGUAACAGAGCAAGUAGGCCUACAGUUAAAAUAUAAACUAGCAAUUUGAAUUUUUUUCCUCUCUUUUGAAUAAAAUCAAGAGUACAUACAGCUAAUUUUUUCAACUUAUAUGUUUUCAUGACUUUUUUGAAAUCACAGUAAUAGAAUAUUUUAGAAUUAACACAGAAUUGCACCAUACAUGUUUUGAAAGGUACUUGCCUAGCUUGAAGGUUUUUCUCCAGGUUUAUGUGUACAGUUCAAUCAAAGUCCUAGACAUUGUUUUGUUUUUUCAUGUUCUUGUAAACUUGACAUUUUUUCACUUGAAGAAAUUGUAAUAUUCAAUUGUUAGCAGUGUUGUGCGUGUGUGUGUGUAUUACAAAUGAUUGGGAGGAAAUUUUGCAUGUGUUAUCAUAUAUAUGGGGUCAAAAAAAAA